CUGUUUGCAUAUAAAUUAAACAAGGAUGUAUUUUGUAAUCGUAUACAUCGGUUUUGGACGUUGGAAGAAUGCCGUUUGUCACUGGCAGUAGCAAAGGGCAGCAGCAGCGAUCAGCAAUAGACUGCUGUCUACUACCUAUACAAAAGGCCACCAAGCGUGCAAUGCCUCGGAACAAACAGCAUCAUUAUCUCUCUAGGUUUCUGGAACUGGGCAAGAUCCGAAUCCAACAAGAUGCGUCCGGUAUUCCGUAGCGGAGGUGAAUUUUGUCGGCCAGUAUCCUGCAAAUUCGAGAUGGGCCGCUUGAAUAGCUUUCAUGGAAAUCCGCCUUCGAUACAGACUGGUUAUUGAAUCUUGCGUCUCAUCGUUGAGCCUUGUGCACGCAGAGAAUAACUGACAUUCAAUCGCCCGAGGACCCGUCAUAGGUGUCUUGAUUGAUGUUGACCGAGCGCCAACCCCCUAAAGUGCAAACAAGCCUAAAUCCUCUCCUGCUCGCCUAAGUGUGUGCGGGUCGGACAGUCCCGUCUCCCGUUAGAUUAUCGCAUUCUCAUCCAUAUUUAGGCUCAUGUACCUAGUUGACGUGUUAGCUCUACACCUUCAGCUUCAUGUGUCUCCGUAGUGGGCCAUCAUCUCGACCAGCGGCGUAUACAGCUCAGACUUGCCUCAUAUGCAGGAUGCAAGGGGCAAUGGCGAGACGAGCGAAGGAGUAUAGACUGCUCCAUUCACAAUAAUACAUGCAUGCAGCCGCAU